CUUUAAUGGUAUAAAACCAAUAUUUUUCCAACCUUUCUAUUAUUUUGGGUUAUGAAAUGAUGAGUAGGCUUGUGUAAUUAUAAAAGACUGUAUUUCAGAAACUUGUCUCGAGUCAAGAUGUGACUGUAAUUUAAACACUGGUGUUCACUUUUAGGGGAAUCUGAUCUCAAUGAAGCAAUAACAGAAGCAGGAAAAACCUAUGAAGAAAUCGCCAGUCUUGUAGCAGAUCAGCCAAAGAAAGAUCUGCACUUCCUGAUGGAAACAAAUCAUGAAUAUAAGGGAUUUCUUGGUUGCUUCCCUGACAUCAUAGGAGCUCAUAAGGGAGCGAUAGAAAGAGUGAAGGAAAGUGACAAAUUAGUUGCAACCAGUAAAAUAACACCACAGGACAAACAGAAUAUGGUGAAACGUGUGAGCACAAUGGCUUAUGCACUACAAGCUGAGAUGAAUCACUUCCACAGUAACCGGAUUUAUGACUACAACAGUGUCAUUCGUCUUUAUUUGGAGCAGCAGGCACAGUUUUAUGAAACGAUUGCACAGAAGCUGAGGCAGGCACUCAGCCGCUUUCCUGUGAUGUAGAGAAUGAGAAGUAGUCAACAAUGAAGAACCACCUUGAAGUGCUUUUCUGAUCUGGGGGCAAUGCCAAUAAAAACUUGUUAGCCUUUGCCAGCCAAAAAACGAAUCAGUUAUGGGGAAAAAAAAAAAGAAUUAUAUAAAAUGUUUACUUUAUCUGCCUGAAUCCAGAAGAUAAUGUUCUUUUUUUAUCUUGAAUGCUCUCCCCUUUGUGUCAUUAUUUAAGCAAAAACAGCUAUAUAAUGCUGUCGGUUGUAGGGUUCUAAAUCAUCAAACUGGUAUGUUGCCAUGGACCUCGUGCACACUUGCAUCUAUCAGAUGCUAUUCCAAAAAUUCUUUGUCAGCAUCAGAAUUAAAAUUUGUGUAAGUGAGGAAGCAGAUGAGCUUGGGAAAAUGAUUACCUACUCAUUAUACUCAGUUCUCUAACAAUUCAGUAGCCAGAAGGGAUUGUAUUUGUGACUGUUUCCCUAUAUGUUCAUGAUAAUCGGCUGAGCAAACACUUGUUCUAAGUUUUGCUUCCCACACGUGGCCAUGGCAUACUGCUCCCACUGUGACUUCUGGUAAAUAUAAUCCGCUCUUCUUUCUUCUUUUCUUUGUAAUUAAACCUUAUUCUUGUGGCACAACACCUCAGAGCUUCUGUCAGGCUCUUUCUUUCUCGCUAUGCACUGUGUAAAAAGACAAAGUACAAACAAGGAAAGAGCCAUUCAGGAAGGUGUGAAAAACAGUUUUCUAUGCCAGCAUUUUGACACCCGCACAAUGUUAGGCCAUAGCUGUACCUCUUCGAGAGUUCUAAGCCUUU